AUGGGUAAUAAACACGCUAAGCAUGUAUCAACUGAACUUACAGACAAACAAAUUGCUUCACUUAAAGCAAUUACUAGAUAUACAGAAAAAGAAAUUCGAGAAUGGUAUGAGGGUUUUAUUCGUGAUUGUCCCAACGGUAAACUUGAUAAAAAGAAAUUUAUCGAAGUUUUCAAACAAUUCUAUCCACAUGGCAAACCAGAAAAAUUUUGCAAAUAUGCUUUUGAUACAUUCGAUACCAAUAAUGAUGGUACAGUAAGUUUUGAAGAAUUUCUUGUAGCCUAUUCAGUUGCAAGAAGUGGUAAUCUUGAUGCUCGUCUUGACCUUGUUUUUGAUGUAUAUGAUAUUUCGCAUGAUGGACUAAUUGAUCAAGAAGAAUUAACGAAAAUGAUCAUUGCUUUGUAUGAUCUUCUUGGUAACACUAAUCGUAAAGGUGAUCAUGAUCCAAAAAAACGUGCUGCACAGAUUCUAACAAAACUUGAUGUUAAUCAAGAUAAAAAAAUAACGAAAGAAGAGUUCAUUAAUGGAUGUAAAUCUGAUCCAUUUCUUCGUCAAUUACUUGAUCCCAACAGUUAA